AUGGAGACGGCUAUGAACCGCUCUGAGGCCCAGCAAAUCAAACUUGAGAAGCUCACGGCGUUUAUCGGGCACGAGCAAGUGGCUCUUAUAGUGUCGCAAGGCCCGGAUGCACUUCGUGCACGUCUCGAGGCCUUCUCGAACUUUGAGUCCACGUUAAUCGGACAGGUCCAUGACCACUUGGCAUCUGCCAUGCCCACUCGGUAUGUUCCAAUAACCGAAAACUGA